AUGGGGCUAGAGGUGCAGGCCACUAUGUUGGGUUCCACCUUAGUUGAGUUCAAAGUGGGCUAUCAGCACAGCAAGCACCUUGAUAUUGGCGAUGCGGUCCACUCUGAAACCAUCUAUGCCGGUGGGCACAUGUGGAGAAUGAACUGCUACUCUUCUGGGGUCAGGGAGAGAGACAUGGGCCAACAUGUCUCUUUAUUCCUUGAGCUUCUUAACAAAUCCUCAAGUGUUGAGGCCAUCUUCGGGGCCUGGUUGAAAGGAAACGGCAGACAGAAUUCCACCUCAGCAAAAAGGACUCUAGCUUAUGUAUUCAAUGAAGAGGAAGACGAACUAGACGAACAGGGUUGGCAUCGGUUCUGUUCCCAAACUGAAAUAGAGGAUUAUCAUGUAACAGAGGGAUACAUCACGUUUGUAUGCGCCAUCAUGGUGGUAAGUGGGAACUCUAUUUCCGUGCCGCCUUCAGACCUUGGAGAACAUCUUGGGAGACUAUUGAAUGGGACGGAUGUGUCUUUCAACGUUGAUGGCGAGACAUUCCACGCACAUCGUGCGGUGCUUGCUGCACGUUCACCAGUCUUCCAUGUCGGGCUCCUCGGAUCCAUGGCUGAGGCUACAAUGAGCCAUCACCCUACAUGACCAGCCAUCACCCUACAUGACAUUGCCCCUGCAGUUUUCAGAGUCAUGCUUCGGUUCAUGUACACUGACACGUUGCCCGGAGAUGACGAACUCGGGACCUCUCCCUUCGAGACGAUGCAGCAUCUACUAGCCGCGGCUGACCGGUGUGCCUUGGACCGGCUGAAGCUCCUGUGUGCACAGAGACUGUGGGACAAGGUGUCUGUCGAUACCGUUGCUGCUACCUUAGCUUGUGCUAUGUACAGCUGCUCGGAGUUGAAGAACAAGUGCAUUGACUUCUUUGCAGCUGAGAAAAAUUUCAAGAAGGCUGUCUUAACUGACGGUUUUCUGCACCUGGGUCAGAAAUUCCCAUCGAUUAUUGCUGACCUGCGAGAGAGGGUUGGGGCAUGAAUCAUGCAACAGAUCUCCAUGUAUAUAUUUAGGCAUUCAAGCAUAACUCAGUAUGGUAUUCGGGGUGGCUGGUGUCUCAUAGAUUGUGAAGCAUAUUGGAACUUUAAAACCGGAUUCUGUAAUCCUGGCUGUUUGGACUAUUUUCCUUCCAGAUGAUUCUGAUUUUGUGUGGCAAGGUGAAGGAUAUUGUCAGACAGAUCUGGUGCAAAGAUACUGAGAUUAUGCAUAAGUAGUAGCAUGAUUUUAUUUUGGGUUCUCUGCUCUCUUUGUCUUUGACGCUUCAAAGAUGGGUCAUGCUUGAAGCUUCAAAGAUGUUUUAACUGGGUUAUGCUUGAAGCUUCAAAGAUGUUUUUAACUUUUGCUAUGCAACUAUGAAACACUAAGCUAUAUAGUCUUGACUCCAUGUGCUGUCUGAUCUUUCAAACCUGUUGGACGUACUU